CGCCGUUAUGUUUAAGCUUGAGCUAAGAUGCAGAUUGCUGAAACUUCAUUUUUUACAAUUUUACAGCGUGCCGAGCUGACAGACAAGCAGUGUAAAAUUAUGGAAUCGGGAAUUUCGCGACGGCGCUCCAGUCGCCUGGCACAAAAGGCUAUCGGGAACCCAGAUGCAGCGGAAAGAGCGAUUGACGAUCGUGGGUCUCCGGAAUUUCCCGUACCAAAAGGAAACAUGACCGACCCGCGUCCAGCUGAGCGUCAACGCGUUCCGCGUAAGAUCACGCACCAUCAGCGCCAGAUGAUCUGCGACCUUUUCCAGCAGGGUUUCAGGGGGAAGGCCAUCGCCACAGGCGCUGGGGUCUCACAAUAUGAUCUACAGAGGGAGCUGGUGCUGCUCGGUAAAACACUAUCGCAGCGAGGUGGCAGCCGAAGCAGUUCUAGAGUUUCACAUGCACAGGAAGAGCUGAUCAUCCAGCUGUUUGACGAGAACAUGGACCUGGACAAGAUUGCUCGUCGCGUCGACCUGCACUCUCGGACGGUGUCUAAAGUACUGUAUCCAUCUUUCUACCCGCAACCGCACAUAUAUAAUAACCGCAGUUCCGCGGUAUAACCGCAAUUCCCAGCGCUUUUUUCUUCUUACCUUCACUCUAACCAGUUGCGAUUUGCAAGAAGAAAUAGGUAAGUACUCAGACUGUACUCUGUAUGUGUUAGUACUUUAGAAGACAGACCGACCGACCGAUGGCUGCCGAAAUACGCCUUGACCGGCAAGUUAGCAAACAGCGACAAGGUGAUCUGACAGUAUCUGUACUACGAGUAUGGAGAGUAUGAGCUUAGAUAUGCACCAAACAAAUUAUUUCAACUGAUCAAACAGCAAGAACAAAGAAAACCCAAUUACCGAGAAAUUUAAUUUAAAAUUAAUAGACCCCCAUUUAAAUUUUACAAUUUAUUUGAAUUUUACAAAAAUGGACACCUUUGGCAGCAAUGAUGGACAAACUAUUUUCAAUGAUGGACACUGUGUCCAUUAAUGGACACUAUUUCAGUCUUUGCAACGCCAUAUUCAGAGUGAGAACCCUAAUUCAGUUUUAUAACCAGCUACAACGUACGACUAAAAAUGUAGAGCUUUGUUGUGAGCGAAUUGUGCAAGCCGACGCUUCUUUGUUCGAACCCAGAUUUUACGCGUAGGAAGUAUGGCUGUUCCUCUUGGGAAGCGUUUGUGGAUACUUAGGCUAUGCCUACUGCUGUUGCGGUCCAAAAUUUAUACCAGAGUUUGUGUUUUUCGACGUUUACCGAACUGCGGACCUUUCGUGAUACGGAUUCUCGUACCCCACACCAGAGCUGGGUUAUUUUCUUCGUUGCUCCCAUAAGCGUACUUGAUAAUGUUUAGUAAUAUCGUUCAGAAGCUUGUAAAACGACACCAACUUUCAUGAUUGUCACUUUUUGAAAAAUUUUGUCGUGUGGAACAACACGGAGAAUGCGGU